AGAACAAUAAUGAUAAUAAAUAUGCAAUACAUAUUUUAACAACUUGCGCACGGGUAUAAGUCGUAAACAUUAGUUUCCGGACACAUAAUUUUCGUGCAUUGUAGCGAGAAGAAACCACAACUCCCAUGAGCCCUUGCGAUAAGGAAAAGCGCAAUCUCGUAUUCAGACGUGUUCAACUGAAGCCGGAGUUUGUGGACGCAGAAAGACCUAAUUGAAAACAUAAGCCGUUGUUAACUGCAAAAAUGCUCCGUUUAGAAACCUGUUUAAUGAAGUGACGCUGUUUACAGAGUUUAACUCAGCAGUGAAGCAACAUGGGGACAGCUUUUGCAAUUUGUCUCGUUUUUAUCGGAUGCUGUAGUAACGUGGUGUCUCUGGAGCUGCUUGUAAGAGAGUUUCCAGGAUGUGGAAACAUCGUCACCUUCGCUCAGUUUUUGUUCAUCGCGAUAGAAGGUUUCAUUUUUGAAACCAACUUUGGGAGGAAGAAACCAGCGAUCCCCAUUAGUAACUAUGUGAUCAUGGUGACCAUGUUCUUCACCAUCAGUGUGAUCAACAACUAUGCCCUCAACUUCAACAUCGCCAUGCCCUUACACAUGAUCUUCAGAUCAGGGUCACUUAUAGCCAACAUGAUCCUAGGAAUCAUCAUCCUAAAGAAAAGGUACUCAGCGAGUAAAUAUCUGUCUAUAGCUUUAGUUUCAGCUGGUAUCUUCAUCUGCACCAUCAUGUCUGCCAAACAAGUGAAUGUGUCUAAUGAGGGAUCAGAGGAGCAGGGCCUUUACGCCCUCAUGCACUGGCUAACAGGUAUCGCCAUGUUAACCUUUGCUCUGCUGAUGUCAGCGAGGAUGGGAAUUUUCCAGGAAAUGUUGUACAAACAGUAUGGAAAACACUCCAAAGAGGCCCUCUUCUAUAAUCACUGCCUGCCUCUGCCAGGCUUCCUGCUGCUCUCAACAAACAUCUACAACCACGCUGUCUACUUCAGUCAGAGCACUCCUGUGGUUGUUCCUGUGGUUGGACUGUCGGCGCCGAUAUUAUGGGUCUACCUGUUGAUCAAUGUCAUCACACAGUAUGUUUGCAUCCGCGGUGUGUUCAUUCUGACCACUGAGUGUGCCUCGCUCACCGUCACUCUGGUGGUGACGUUGAGAAAGUUCCUCAGCCUCAUCUUCUCCAUCCUUUACUUCCAAAACCCCUUCACUGUCUGGCACUGGGUGGGUACGGCCGUGGUGUUCCUGGGCACUCUGCUGUACACGGAGGUGUGGAGCAGCAUUCAGUCUGCUCUGCAUGGACCAGACGUCAAAGAGAAGAAAGCAGCGUGAAGAAAAAGAAGAAAGGACUUGUGAAAAAACAACCACAGUACUGGACUUUGAGAUUGUUUCUGCUCGACUAUCCUGCAGUCACUUUACAGCUUUGUCAUUUAGUUUUCAUAUUCAAAGCAGUAAACCUCUAUUACAUGAUACUCUAGUUUAAAGAAGAUAGCUUUUUCAAUAAAUCCAUAAAAGACCAAAAACCAACAAAGUCUUAAUCUGUAUCUAAAUACCUGUUUUUGCUGUUUCACUCAGCGUAGAGCACAUUUAUUCCACACUGAUCAUUCACUUACCAGUACUUUUAGAUACAAGGGAGGAUAAAGACUACUUUACCAUUUUGUAUCCUCCUCUCAGCACUAAGGAGGGAAUUUUACUGUAUAUCAAAGCAGGCCCCCCCCCCCCCCAUGACAAGCUUUUCUUUUAAAAGCUCUGUAAGCUUGCUUUGUGCCAUUUUCAGCAUUAAAAAGUACAGUUAGUAAUGAGCUGGUGAACAUUAUGGAGCCUUCAUCAUCUGAAGUUGUUUUGCUCAGGAGUCCAAAAAAAAGAGAAUAUUUGGCUUUGAAUCAUCUAAUGACCACAAACACAACCUAUAACAGGAUAAAAAUAAACUUAAAGUUUAAUAAAAUUUAGUGGUGCAACAUUUCUUUAAUAGAAAGAAAAAAAAAUCAAGCAACUAUUUUUGUAAUUGAUUAAUUCUUAUUGGUAAUUUUUGAAGCAAUUUCUGAAAAUGUAGUGUUUAAUAUUUUGCAAACGGGAGAAUUUACCUUUUUGGUACUUCAUUACAAAUCAAAGACCUUUUUUUGACCAUUGGUUGGACAUAAAAGUUGGAUGUUGUCAGCUUAAAAAUUGUGAUGCACUUGUUUCAAAGUUUUUAGAUCUUGUUGUUUCAUUCAUCAGCAGAUUUCCACUUAUCAAACAGGAACUUUAUGCCUGAUUAUGUUUGUGUAACCCCUUCCACUGCCCAGAAGUUGCCAAAAAAAAAAUAAUUCAGGUUAAAAAAAAUCACCAAAAGGAUUUAAAAUUUCAUUAAACUGUUGAAAAAUCUAGUUCUAAAUAUAAAAGUAUUAAAAAGCAUUUAUGGAAACUUUGGGUGGGUUCACCCUUGUUGCACUGAUUAUGUUUACAACUGACUUACUCAAAAUCAACAUUAUGCUUGUUUCAUGCUCAGGCUAUAUGCUUACUGAUCACAACAGUGUUUCUUUUGGAAUACAAAACAUAAAUGAUUUGGUUUAUAAUUAAGAAAUAUGCAUAUUAUGGCACACCUGUUUUCCUUUUGUACCUCAUUAGCAAUCAAAGAUACAAAAUCAUGGUGCAACUUUGUUUCGUCUGUGAUGUUGAAAUAUUUAUUUCCUUAGUUUGACAGCUAGUUCACUCUACAAGAACGCUGAUGUUCACGAGUAGGAUUACACUGAACACAUCCAUGUAAUGUUGAAUAGAGACUUAAUGUUUAAGGAAACGGUUUAGGAUUAUUUAUGACCAUCUUGUCUUUGCUGUUUGUUUUCUUAUGUAACAGAAUGUCAGUUAAACUGUUCAAUAAAAAUCUACACUCCUC